AUAUUACAUCUUAUAUCUCUGUGCUAAUUUCAUUCGAAGUGGAACGUGAAAGUAUCGGGGCACGUGAUGGGGGACAAAAGAUGUUGAAGUCUAUCUCUUUUCUUCUCAUGUAUAUGAUGAAUACGCACAUAUAUCUCUUUCUAUUAAGUAUGAGCGUAAUUGCCAGGAUCUACAGUUUUCUCUGUCUACCACCCGUAAUUUUUGUCUAUGGUCAUAAGGAAAGAAAAAAUAACAUCAACCAUUUCAUUUCCUUGGCUUGGCUCCAAGCUUGGCUUCUUUCUUGAUUUGAUGACUUGACGUUGACAAUUUCGGUUUAGUUAGUGGUGUUUUGAAAACAUAACGUGGUGAAGUGAAACUCCGUGAAAUAAUUAUUAAUUUAGUAUACUAAUAUGCCUAAAGCAACAAAAUUACACCCGAAAGGUAAAUCAAGUUCCAUCCAGAAACCAUGCAAAUCGGAAAAAGAUAAAGGGGACAAUGUAGAUCCUGAAGAUUCGAUGAGACAAUUUCAGUUGGAACUCUGUUGGUGUAUUCAGCAAUUAGAGCGAACAUUAGCAGAAAAGAAGGGAGGUGAAAAGCAUUUACAAGAGGCUUGGAAAGUGCUCGCCGUUCUCAAGAACAAUAAUCAACCAGUUAUCAGAAAGAGGCAAUUGAUGAGAAUCCAUUUUGGCGAUUACCGAGCUAAGAUGGCUGCGGAAGAAAAGAAACUUGCAAAGAUGGCAAGCAAAAUGAAGAUAUCUGAUGCCCCAGACAAACCAAAAGCAACAUUUUUAAGAAAGUCUGCAUUUUUAACCACCGGUGAUACCUCAUUCCGUUUUAAUUUUGAUUUGGCACCAGAGCAGGUCGACAACAGUGGCCCAAUACUCAAUACACAUGAUAAUAGCAACACUGAUCCACCUAAUAAAUGCAACACAGAAUCACCUGAAAAUAGCAACACUGAAAAUCCCAGUGCGAAGGCCGAGGAUAAAAAAUUCAAAUUCUCAUUCUCCAAUUCAGAUUUUAAAUUUAAUUUUAACGUAAAUAAUUCGUAGUUUGUAAGCUUUUCAGAUGUGAAUAAACAAUAUUGUUACAUAGUA